CUAACCAUAGGGGCGACGGACAGGUACUGUGGGUUGCAGCUACAACCGGCGUUGGGCAGAAACGGGAAAAUCGGGCGCUGAAGCCCGUUGCCUUGUCGAUAGCUAUAAGAUAUGUACGGGCUUUAGCAUUUAUGUUUAUUAUGGGUAACACAGAGAAAACACUCUUUGCAGGCGACCCGCGCAAAUGGACGCACUACGGAGUCACGGCGUCCUUCAAGCGGAGCAGGCGGUCAUCACGGCCGUGAUAUGUCGGCAGCAGCGCUAUCAUGUGUCCACAGACACGAAGGCGCAGGAUGGGCGGUCUCCCGCGAGCCCUGUGGGCUGUUUCACGGCUCACUCCGACACAGCAUUGCUCAUGUUGCGACCAGGGCUGCCCAACGAAGGAGCACAGCGUGCGCUCCCAGCCCACAGCGCUCCCUUACCAGCUGUUAGGCAUCAUGGCAGCGCUAUUGCCGGGUGUCCUAGACAGGACCGUGCGGCAGGCGUGCCCGAGUACCCUAUGGAUAUUACGGUGGCAAGUCCGCCACCAGUCGCGGAACCCGGGAGCGCCAGUCUUGGCGCCAGUGACGCCACGAGCAACAGCAACGCAUUCGUGCGCUCCUCCCGCCUGAUGCUUGACGACGACCAGCGUGCCCUGGACCAGCUGCAGCACCUGGGCCCUCCAUUCUCAGGCGAUUGCAGCCGGCGGCCGUCGUCCUACUGCAGCAGCCGCAGCAACAGCGGAGAUGGCGCCGCCGUCGACGCAAGCUCCAGCGCCGCGCCGCCAUCCAGCGCCGCCGUCACCCGCUACGGCAGCUUACUCAUGGGCAGCGCGGGCUGGCGAUGCACGGCGGUGUACGGCAUUGACCUGCAUGAUAUGCUGCUGCUGGACCGGAUGACACCCCGCCGCACAUCCGCCAGACAGCAGCAGCCCAUGCCGCCGCCGACGGCGCAGCAGCACCACCACCACCAGCAGCGCACCUCGCGCCCAUCAACACCGGAGCUGUCCGCCGCCUCCUGUGCAGCAGCCCUCCGGGCUGCCAGUAGCGUGGGUUCGGUGACUGGGGCGGCACCCGUGGCGGCGGCGGUAGCGGGGGAACUGGCGGUCGGCGAGGCACACGUGCUGGCGGGGCGACGGGUCGGCUCCCCAGGCACGGCGCCGCCGUCAGGCGUUGUGCUGGGAACGCCGCCGCGCCCGGGUCCGUGCACCGGCGGCGGGCGGCCACCCCAUGGCCCUCCCGCUGCCGCCGCCGCUGCGCCUACUGCUUCCGCGCGCGAUUUUCCACCGUCACCCUUCAGCCUGGACGCUGCUGCUGCAGCCGGCAUGUCUCCCCCGCCGCCCUCCUCUAUUGCAGACAGCAGGGGCCCCAGCAUGCUCAGGUUGGUGGGCAUGGGCGACGUCUACGGCGCAUCCGCAUACAGCACGUCAACGAAAUCAGGAGCUGCCAGCUUUCACCGCAGCCCCACUUGUGAGCUGCAGCGCCCAGGCGGUAGGAGCGCCGCACCCUUGCCACAGGCUGUCACGCCAAGGCAGUCUCAUGCGUCGCAGCCACCGCAGCCGCAGCUGUCGCGUUCCGCCACCCAAGGUGCACUCCGCACUUACAGCCCCCAAAUCAUCAGCACACGUUACGCCAACAUCUUCAUCCCUGCAGCUGCUUCCUUGUCUGAGGAGGAAGAGGCAGGCCAACCGCAAUCUGCCGUUUCGCCUGUUAGCAUAGCGGGACAGGGCUUGCCAGCCGGCCAGAGGUGUAGCCUACCCAAGAAUUCCAUCGGCGUGGGCAUCUCAGCGGCGCGGCAGCUGGUGGGCAUCACUGCGGACGUCACUGGCAGGUCCCCACGAGCCCUGGGCUCAUCGCCCAACCAGCCGACAGCCCAGCAGCUCAGCAGCCCACACACCUCCGCCUGCAGGACACAUGCAUGCCGGCGCCUGAGUGAGUCACAGGCGGCAAAACCUCCCGGACCUCACAACGGGUGCGCGGAGCCCAUGGCCGCAUCCCAGGCCACGCCCGCGGAUAGCGCGGCCCAGCACGACAUCACCAGCCUCGGAGGUGCCCGGUGCAGCGAGGGAAGCCUGCGGCCUCACCUCGGCGGCCCCGACCUUUUGGCGCUGUCGCGGCAGGAGGGCGGCGCUUCGGGCUCGGCAGGAGGGGUCAGUGGGCUGCGCACGCCAAGCCAGCAGCGCACACCGGGGCGCUUGUCGGGACGUGGCGGCUCCUUGACGUCUUGGGCGUCCGUGUCUUCACUGCAGGGCCAGCUGCCGCCGCCGCCAAGCGCGGUGCGGUUCGGCCCGGGUGCUGGCAGCGGCUACGACUGCGGCACAAGCCCCGCCCACGACUGCCGAGCCGGCGGCUCCCUAGAUGGCGAAGGGGGGCGGAGCCUUGGCCUGACCACACAUCCAAGCGCUAGUAGCCUGCUGGGCGACAGCGGCACACCGCACACGAGCCGGCGCACUAGCUACCACAGCUGCAUGGUGCCAGCCGGCCAUACGCCGCAGCAUCCCAGAUUGCAGCCGCACAGCCACAGUUGCACGGGCGCCAGCCCUGCAGGGUAUUUGGGCAUUCGCAGUGGCAGCGUCGCGAGCUGGGGCGAGGUUCUGGGUGUGCUGCGCGAGCAGGUAACGCCACGUGCUGCCUCAGGCCGGGCUGGCGGCUCGCCAUUCUGUGCGUCACCUGCUGCGCUGGCCGCGGCAGCCACCGUGAGCCGCGGCCGCACCCUCAUGAGCAGCAGCUUUGAGGGCGGCCGCAGCAACUACCAGAGCAAUGGUGGGUGCAGCCCCCCCGCUCCCAGCGAUGGGGGCUGCGGCAGUGGCUGCGGCACGGGCUGGGCUGCAGCUGUGCUUGGACGCAUGUGCUGUACCCCUGGGCGCGGCGAGCGCGGCGGGAGCUCCGUCGGUGUCGGCAACGCCCGGAGAGCGUCAGGCGAAGACUUCGACACCGGCGGCGGCGGCACCUGUUGGAGUCUUGUAGGUGCCCUGCCAUGUGUGGCACGUGACGGCGCCAGCUGUGAUGGUGACGCUUGCGGCAGCGCUGCGCGCUGUCGGCAGGCCAGCAACACCCCAGACAUGUCGUGGUGGCGAAAGGCUUCCCUUGGCAACUCAAUUUCUAUGGCCAAAAGCGGCACCAUACACUUUGCAGCAGCGCACGAGUGUGACGGCCGCGAUGGCAGAACAGCCAUGCCUGACGUCCGUGGUGGCAAGCAAGCGGCGUGCGCUUGGAAGGGCGGCACUGGAGCUGAGGAGGAGGCAGCAGAGGGCAAGGGCGGAGCGUCUUGGGCGCAUCAACCUGGCGUUGCGCCUGACACGGUGGCAGAGCGGGACGAAGAUGCGGUCGAGGUCGCAGUGGUCGCAGAGGAGUCGGAAGCCAGCAAGACUGUGGCGCUGGAGGCGUUGAGUAGCCUGGACCGUUUGUAUGCAGACGCCCGCCGCAACAGCUUUGCACCACUGUCGGCGGCGGUGUUUGAGGCGCAGCGGCCGCUGGAGCCAUCCACAGCAGCGCCGCAAGGCAAGGCGUUGCAGACGAGCUUGGUGGCGGCUGGCGCGCUGGUGCUGGCCACAUGCCUGUCGCCCAGGUGUGGGCGCGAACAGGCCACGGUAUCGCCUAGGGAUGCAUGUUAACCGGAUGCACGAGUGCUGGUGGCGGUGCGUGCAGCGUGUUUGAAGGUUGCGGUUGGACAGGAACGCACAGGGCUGCAGACAGCUCUCUGUUUCAUGGACAGGGUACGAGACGCAAUCAUGGGUCCUGUGCUGCAGGGGGUAUUGCAUACGGCUAGCAUUCGCUAAAACUGCGCGACAGGAGUACCGUGAAGAUUUCCAGAUUUGCUCCUAGCCAAGGAUGCGACGGUACAACAACGGGACAGUACUGGACAGGAGAUAUGCACCACGUCAUCGGGCAGGGCUGCCCACGUGGAUAGAUCUGCUGCCUGGCCUGUGAUACAGUAUAGCACACGUGGUGCUGCCUUGCUGCUGCAUGCUUCUAAACUUCAUAAGAGGUUGCCGCAUAUGCCGUUUCGCUCCAGGGGCUCCUUGUGUCUGCAUUUCAAUGUCACCCGGCACCUGCAGUUGUGGGUGGCUACAGGGUGUUACGGCCCACCCUCGCCAGCGGACUGUCACUACCGUAGUACAGUAUACUGGGGCCGCCCCAGGCUCUGUCGCCUCGCCAUGUUCCCGUUCCCCGUCCCGCGUGGCCUGGAAGUGUUCCGAUCUUGGAGGGUGUACCCUGGUGUUACGUAAUGGUGGGCAUCUGGUAGGCUGCAGCUUGACUGGGACGCAUUACUCAUGGGCAAGUUAUGACGGCCGGCUGCGGCUGUGGCCUGUGGGCGGCGUGCGAUGGGACAGGGAUAGAGCAGGUUAGUGAAUUCCCGUAGGGUGCAGCUGAUUCCCAGCCCCCAGCACAUGGCAAACAUUUGUGACCGCAGUGCAGGAGCGCGCGGCUGGACUCCUUGGACUAUCCCCUCUUGUAAUCUCACAUGAGGCGGUGGUGUUGGUCUGUUGGAUGAUGGGGGCGGAGCUAGUUGAUGGAGUAGGAGAGGGAGCGAUUCCAAUGCUGCCGUACCACCUAGACGUGGGUAGGUCCGUGAUGUGAAGGCCCGUCAGACCCGCGGUUUGCUCAGCGCCAGCCCCGUUCCAUUUAUCACCUGUGCUAAGCGCAGGCCAAACACAUUGUUGCUUCAUGUGCGAGUGUGAGAGAGCCUCGGAUGCCCACGGUCUACUGGACAGUCUCAGUCUGCUGGCGAGGGUGUGCUGUAAGGUGACUGUUGG